AUGGCGAGCAUGACAUUCUUGUUCCUCCUGCGGACAAGCGCGGCCUUGUCUGCCCAGUACGAUGCCGUACCAGAGGACGACCUGGACGAACUCUGGUUGACAAUGGUGACGACGAGGAGCCUGGACAAUCCGCGCGUGCACGGCGCUUUGCAACCUGUCCUACACGCGGACAAUUACGCCGGCCACAAUAAGAACCGCUUCGUGAUGCAGUACCUGGCCUGGCACGUGCUCAUCGGCCUCAACGACAUUAUCAAACUCCGCUUUAUGGUCGUUGGGCACUCGAAGAAUUACUGCGACGCACACUUUGACCUCGAGCCGAAGGUCAACUGGGUCAACUGGAAGGCGCUACUGGCGCAGUAUUUUGUGAACAAGGGGAUUUCCAGGAUCGCAAUGACCCACCACUUCGAGUUUCAUGCCAGUGCUUCAGGUGUGGUGUAUCUGCGCCAGUCGCUAGCCUCGGACCCAACUUGCCGGGUGCAGCUGCUCAAGCCCCGCUUGGGGGCCGCGCAAGAGACCAUCCCGGAACGGAUUCAGGCAGAUAUGAAGGGAUUUCCUCUUGUCAUCAUAUCCCUAAGCUCCAUCCCGGCCACUAAAAUCCAGUCAUGGGCCGCGUACUUGGCCCAUGCGAUGGGACCCUGCCUACAAGUGCCCGAACAGACAAAAGCCUUCUUCGAGAAUGUCUGCCUGACCGGGAAUCGGGAGGCGUACCCACCCUAA